AUGCCUGCCUCUAGCUCUGCUACGUCGUCGGCCACCAACGGUCGCUCUAGUCGAUCGGGGGCCUCCAAAGGGGUCCUGGUCCUCAAAUUGUCUCCCGAAGCGUUGAGCCAGUUUGCCACGCCGCCUCCCGAACCCAAGGACAAGAAGUCCAGGAAGAACAGCACUCCUAAGAUCCAGGAGCCCGUUGCCGAAACCCCCGUCAAGGAGAAGGAAGCUUCUCCCGCCUCGUCUUUCGCCGAGGCUCCGAUCCCUCCAUCUUCUGUGGACAACGCGUCCGAUGCCGCCUCUACACCAGCGGCCGCUACGUCGGCUGCCGACACUCCUCGCCGCAAAGGCAUGCCGGGCCCCAAACCGGGUAGUAAGAGAGGCCUGAACCAGACGGCCGAGACGCAACCCAAGCCGAGAGGCAAGCCGGGUCCCAAGAAGAAGCCCCGACUUGACGACGGCACCGUCGACCACGUGAAACUAGCGGCAAGCCACCGACUCGGACCCAAGGCCAACACCGGUGCCAUCAACGCCGGUCUUCGUGCCCUGGAUCGUACCGGGGCUCCCUGUCGCAAGUGGGAGCGAAAGCCUCUUCAAUUGAAGAGCUUCACGGGUGUAAAUUGGAACCUGUCCAGCUGGCGCACCCCUCGGCCUCAAGUCUCGGAAACGAACGGCGAGAUCAAGGAGGGUGUCCUCGAGACGGGUGACAGCGACAGCAAGGCCAACCAGAGUGCCAGCGGAGUUCCCAGCGAGAAGAGCAAUUCAGGCGACGGGGACCUCACGCCGGUUCCUCCCAACCUUACUGAAGCCUCCUCGCCUGCGCCUGCCAUGGCCAUGGCUGCGUAG